UUCACACACAUACACUCGCUGCCUCGCUCUAUUUAUCAUUCACUCGAUCAUUGAUAGGAAGGAAGUGCAUCAUCACUAAUGGCGGAGAAGUCUUUCAAAUACAUCAUCGUCGGCGGUGGUGUAUCAGCUGGCUAUGCUGCCAGAGAGUUUGAAAAGCAAGGAGUAAAGGCUAACGAACUAGCAAUCAUCUCUAAAGAGGCGGUGGCUCCUUAUGAACGCCCUGCAUUAAGCAAGGUAUAUCUGUUCCCAGAAGGAACUGCAAGGCUUCCAGGGUUUCAUGUCUGUGUUGGUAGUGGAGGAGAAAGACUAGCACCUGAGUGGUAUAAAGAAAAGGGCAUAACUUUGAUCCUUAGCACAGAGAUAAUCAAAGCAGAUCUACCUUCAAAAACUCUCAAAAGUGCAGCUGGUGACACCUUCAAAUAUGAAGUUUUGAUCAUUGCCACUGGCUCCACAGUUUUCAGACUGGAGAACUUUGGUAUACAAGGAGCUGAUGCCAAGAACAUCUUUUACUUGAGAGAAAUUGCAGAUGCUGAUAAACUUGUGGAAGCAAUCAAAAUUAAGAAAAAUGGAAAAGCUCUUGUUGUUGGUGGAGGAUACAUUGGGCUUGAGCUUAGUGCAGCUUUAAAAAUAAACAACUUUGAUGUUAGCAUGGUCUAUCCCGAUCCAUGGUGUAUGCCUCGUUUAUUCACUGCUGACCUGGCGGCUUUCUACGAGGUGUAUUAUACAAAAAAAAAGGAGUGA